AUGUUGCGCAUCAGCCACUACUCUGCCUCCCUGUGCAUGCUGCCCUACCGCGACAAGAACGGCCGUCUAACAUUCGCCGACUUCUGCCUGCUGCGCGAGCACAUCUGUCAGCUGAGUGGCUGGCAGGAGGGCAGCGCCAAGAGGAGACACACCGAGGACCUGUUCCUGCACAUGUGGCACGACCUGCAGCGGCUAGCCGACUCCGAUCACGACGACGUCAUCACAGCACAGGAAUGGAUCCCAGGUGAUGGUGUCAUCGAUGAAGAAGAGUUUGUGUACGUGCUCACCGACUUCGGCGGGAGCUCGGAGACCGUCACGUUCGAGUACUUCCGGCAGCUGGCCGAGGAGUACUACAUGAGUAAUGAUCCGGCCGCCGUCGGCAACUUCCUCACGGGAAAGCUGGACUUUGUGUCUGGCGAAUACGCCAACAUGUGA